UUGGAUCUGUCUACCUCUCCGCAUGUGUGUGUGUGAGGGUGCACUAAAAUCCCAAGCAGCCAGUGGGAAGAGAAGAAGAGAGUGAGGGGAGAGACGCAGGGGAAAGGCUAUAAGCAUCUGAGACGGGAGAACGAACGGGAGUGUGAUUCAGCUAUGAAAUCCAUCCAGGCUUUUUGCAUGCUGCUUUUCUGUCCAGUUUUGAGUCUCAACGCCAGACAAGGCUAUGAUGGGCUGGAAAAGAAGCUAAAGGAAGUCUUCACUGAAAGAAGCAGCAUCUUGCACCAACUCUCCAAGACAUCCAAGGAGUUGGACAGCAUAAAAGGCAGCAUUCAGUCAUUGAAAAACGAUGACUCAGUCGGCAAGAAGGACGUACAAAGGAUUUUGGAGCUCAGCCACAAACAAAGAGACGAGAUGAGGUCCCUCCAGGCUGCCUUGCAGAAGCAGCUGGAUGAGGCAAUCGAGAGAGCCGAGAAGCAGCAGGCCACAGUUAAACUGAUAAAAGCGGAGAUGGAAAAGAAAACCAAAAUCAUCAAGGAUUUACAGCAAGAGAACAAGAGCUUGAAGAAUAAACUCUUGUCAGGAAACAAGCUUUGUGACGCUCAUGCUGAAGAGUCCAAAAAAAUCCAGGCUCAACUGAAAGAAUUGCGGUAUGGGAAAAAGGAUUUAAUUUUUAAGGGGCAGCAGCUAAUGGACUUGGAACACAAGUUAACCAUAGCCAAGGAAGAAUUAGAGAAGACUGCACUUGACAAGGAAUCUCAACUGAAGGCGCUCAAGGACACCGUUCACAUCUGCUUCUCAGCUGUCCUGCAAAACCAGCCCAGCAGCAGCCACAGAUUUUCCACCUCCCAUUGGUACAGAUACUCAUCACUCAUCAACAGCUCCAGAGUCACCUUUCAACAGCCCCAUGCCAAGGAUAUCGCUAAAGUUCAGAGAGUCGUCACAACCAGCAACCCCCCCAUAAACGUAAUGAGGAGAGAAAGUGGUGGAGUUAAAAAGUGCCAGAUGGAGGAGACCGGGAGUGACUGCUUCCAGAAUCAGACAAAGGAAUUAGCUCCAGAAGAAAAAAAACAUCCAGAACCACAUCAACAAAGAAGCCAAGGGCAGCCUGGGAACUCGGAAAGCACUGAAAAGCGCCCAGACGACAGCGACAGAAAGAUAAAGCCUCAAAAACACAACUGAGCGGACAGCGUAUCAUGAAAAAUACCAAUCUCCUGCAUUCCUGCAAUGAUAUUUCAAAGAGCACACACAUCUGAUGCGCCUUCACAACAACGUGCGUGCACGCGCGCGCGCACACACACACACACACAACCAAACAUACGCACACAUGCACACAACCACCACACACACACAUAUACAUCCAGUAUCAGCAUUGCUUGCGAAAGCUAAGACACUGGAAAUGUCAACACAACAACAUGGCAUGCAUUAUACAAUUUUAUUUUGAAGGUAGGAGUGGCACUUGGUGACCUGUUUCAUAAUUGUUCAUUUGAUGUUUACUAUUUGAGUUUUAUUCUUAGUGAGGAUACUGCUUACUAAUGUGUGAUCUUUCUAGAAAAAUCCCUUUUCACUGCUAAGGUCUGGACACUAUAGUGUGAUAUGUAUAUGAAUUUACUGAUGCCUGCUCUACACUGUAUGAUUUUUUUUGCAGUCUUCAGUCAUUCAUUUUCCAAAUGUUCACACUGUGUGAUGGAACAUAUGUUAAAUCUUGGCGACGACUGAGUGAUUUUCAGGGUCUGAACGCAGUAUCAUUGCAUCAAUUAGUAUGAGUCCACCUCAGGUUGUUGUCGUGACAUUGAGCCAAAACUUUGUGCUCACAUAGUGGUGUCUUAUGUUGAAAAUAAAAUAAAUAAAGGGAGGACUAGGAAAGUGUGGCCAGUGUUACAAGUUUACAUAUGUGUUUACUGUUAAUGAUAGAGGCUUUGACAUUGAUAUUCAAGUCAUUUCAUGGUUUUCUGUCAGCGAUUGUAGCGUCAGAGAACCAGUGAAAUUAUUUUUUUUCCAAAUUUCAGACACUGCUUCAUGUUUGUAGCAGUCCAUAUUUUGUUGCAAGACUGCAUCUUCCAUCAGAGAUGGUGAAAAUUGUACAGUGCAUACCGGGCUUUAUACAACCCCCCCACCC